CCAGUAACACUCACUUCAUCUACUAAUACUUAUAUACAAAAUACUAAAAGCUCUUCCGUACUGCUUUCCACAGCGUUGGUGAAGGAGAUGGAUUCUAUAGAGAGACUUCGCACAGCUCGCGUUCUACUAGACAACGGCAGCACUUCUAACUACAUCACGCAGCACCUCUGCGAGAAACUAGGUUUGACGAAACAUGAUACGAGCUCCACUAUUGUAGGUAUAAACAAUCAAUGUUCCUAUAGUGCAGAGUCUUGCGUCAUAACUAUCCAGUCUAUUUCGGGUGGCUAUCAUGUUAAUUUAAAAUGUUUUGUUCUCCCAGAAAUAACAAAAUUAUUACCACAUAAUUAUAUAGAUAUCACACAUUUGCCUCUUCCUUCGGGCAUUCAACUAGCAGACCCCUCUUUCAAUAUUCCCUCGACUGUAGACAUACUGCUCGGGGUAGAAAUAUUUUGGGAAGUUAUAACUAAUAAUUACAUAGAUUUAGUCGAGGAAAAAAUUCUAAUGCAGAAAUUGUGGAUCGACAAAUGCAACUGGGAUGACGAGGUCUCUUAUGAUAUUCAAAUUAAAUUUUUAAAUUUUAUUAAUUCACUUGUAGCUUUAAAUUCACUUCGCAUACCACGUUGGGUUUGUCUCGAUGCGUCAGUUACGUACGAACUACACACAUUUACAGAUGCCUCGGAACGUGCAUACGGAUCAUGUGUGUACGUGAGAUCAGUUGAUGAGCAAGGAAGAGUUUGUGUCCGUCUUCUUGCUUCCAAAAAUAAAGUAGCACCCUUAAAACCUGUCACUAUCCCCAGACUGGAGUUAUGCGGCGCUUUACUCGGCACUAGGCUUUGCACUAAAGUUCUACAAUCACUAACAAAAACUUUUAAUAAUUCAUUUUUGGCAGCGUUUCUCACACGAAUACGUGACUGCGCUGCAACGGAAGGUCAAGUGGCGGUCUUCCAACAGGGACCUGGAACUGGGUUCCAUGGUUCUCGUCCGGGACAGGACUCAGCCACCGCUCUUAUGGGUCUUGGGCAGGAUAACAGGACUUCAUCCUGGACCAGACGGGGUGAACAGGGUCGCUGA